CAACUGCCGCAGCAACAACAUCUAAGACAACAGCAGCAAAAACAACAACAACUGUCGCCAGCACAACAACAGCAUCAGCAUCAAGUACACUUUGCCACCAACUCGAGCACAAGCACAACAACAACAACAGCAUCAUCAUCAGCAGCAGUUGCAGCAUCAGCAGCAGCAGCAGCGACAACAACAACCAGAACACGUGAUAUAUUGUACGAGCCAACUAACCAAGCAACUUCCAAAGCCAUCGCUGCCAACGAUGUCGUCAGUCUAUCUUUGACCGCCCAGCGACGACGCGAACUCCAGCUGCGCGCUGAGCUGCAGUGCCAGGAGCAGGUGAUGCUUAGCGGCGGCGCCUGCACACGCAACGGUGAUGAGGUGGCUCUCUAAAGCUUGCACUUUCGAGACGAUGGAGACUGUCCUCUGUUUUUUGUAGGAAAAUAGGAGGGGGUGAUUUUUAGCAGCAGCAGCAACUCGAAAACCAAAAAACUGUUUCUUUAGUAGAAUUUUACGGGACAUUUAAUUGUUGUGUUGUGGAGGCGGCAAGUGGCGGGUUCUCAACGUUUUGUUGUUGUUGGCAAGAAGAGAGUUUAGUUAAUAGCGUGCGUGUGUGUGUGUGUGAGUGCGUUUAUGUAUAUGUGACCAUGCUCCUGGCCCUGCCCCACCCAACCUCUAGGUGUUGUGUGUGUCCCCCUUCUUUUUACACAACAGACACAACCAGCGCACCGUAUUUUACAUUAUAAAUAAUAAUAAAUAUUAUAUUUUGUGCUAGUUUAAUUGAAAUCAAAAUGAUUAGACAUAAUAAUAAUAGCGUGCAGUUCAUAUAAAUUAUACGAUUAUAUGAGAUGUUAAUAGCAUUAACUAAACAACAACUUGAUAGUUAAUUCUUAGCGUUAAGUCCAAAAGCAAAAACAAACAAAAAAAUGAAUAUGUACGAUUUUUUACAUUUUGAAAAAGUUUAUACGUGAAGAAAACAAAAAAUAAAAAAGAAAAUCUAUAUACAUAGCAACUAUAUUGUAUUUAAUAGUUAUAAAUAGUUAAUAAUUAAAGACAGCGAUCGUUUUUUUGGAGACGUGUUUGGUGCGAUUGUUUAGUGAAAAGUUGCAAGUAUAAUUACAAUGAAAAGAAGAAAAAAUACUUAAGUGUAUUGCUUUAUGCAAAUUGAGAGAAAAGAAAGAAAAGUGCAUUGCAAGUUUUAGGCAUUAGUUACUAUUAUUAUUCUUAGUAGUUGUAAUAAUGCAAAUUGUAUAAAUGACGUUUUUAAUGACUUUAUUAAUUAGAACUCUUUAAGCAAAUGCAAACAAAAAUCUUUAUCAUAAACAAUA